GGAAACGCAAACGAGGCUCUUUCUCUUUAUCAACAUCCGGUCGUUCAAGAGAUAGCAUUCAAAGGGAACGAGUGACUCAACAGUCCUGAUUCAGUCUGUCGUCAACUUUGGACGAUAGCGUCGAAAACCAGGUUUUUUUUGUAGCAUGAGAAGGUGACAAAAAAGAAAAAGCAGCAUGAAUGUUGGCGUAGCACAUAGUGAUUCCAAUCCAACACACUCCUACUUCAACAGCAAGGGAAUCUGGAUAACCUACCUUCUUCUUAUCUUCAUCUUCCACCUCCUCAUCCUGUCUGUGCCUUUUUUCAGUGUUGCUGUAGCAUGGACGCUUACAAAUGUUCUCCAUGAUGUGCUGAUGUUCAUAAUGCUACAUGUAACAAAAGGCACACCAUGGGAAACACCUGAUCAAGGAGAUUCUCGCACAGAAACUCAAUGGGAACAAAUUGACUAUGGAAAGCAGUUUACAGCUACUAAGAAAUUUCUCACUACAGUGCCCAUAGUUUUGUUCUUCUUGGCAAGUUUUUAUUCCAGAUAUGACAAGUACCACUUCAUUUUGAAUGCUAGUGUAUUAGCUCUAAAUAUUAUUCCUAAACUGCCACAGCUGCAUGGAGUCCGUAUUUUUGGGAUCAACAAAUACUAGUAUUUAGUGGACUACAAAUUUUCUUGAAGCCAUUCACAGUUGUCUUAAAAAAGAUGUACUUUUAAGGAGCUAGUAUUUCCAAUGAGCAACAGUGGAUUGGAGCAUCACACAAAGAAUAUCUACCGACAAAAAUUUGAUGUGAUCAAGUCUUCAUCAGAAGUCGCUUAGUAAAGGACAUGGCAGUUUGUUGGAAGGGUGGGUAGGGAUAGUAGUAGGACACUUCUUACAUUUUCAGCCAUUAAUUCAGUGAAGAUUAAGGGUGUUGGCUCUUCUUUUUAUGUUCAUGAUUCAUUUGUAAGAGUACACCACUUUUAUUUGUGUAAUUUUUCCAUUCACAGCAAGGCAGGUGUAAAAUUUACUUAAUUGCUAUGUUACUUUCAAUAAUUCAGUGACAUAAAUGCGUUAGUUAUCCUUAUUUUCAGACAUUUUAAGGGUAAGUAUUAGUUCUAUCAUGCAACAUCCAAUGUUUUCAAGGAUAGCCUUGUUUUUUUCUGGUUUUUUUUAUGCUUGCCUUUUGAUUCCGUUUGUAAUGCUUAUUUUGAGAAAGCACAUAUAUUUUUAAUGAUUACUAUUAUGGUGGUAGGGAUUAUUUGCUUGUUGGCAGUUUUCAAGUUUGUGGAAGCUUAAGUGGGGUCAUAUGCUAUUCUAAGGCAUGCUGAAAGAUAUUUCAAGCUGUUCUUUUGUAGAUGAUUGGGCGGUUAGCGCCUGUCACCAAUACAGUGAAGGUUGGCUGUCAUCUCGGACAUGCUGAUCUUUCUGCAUGUGGCAUCUGUUUACAGGGCUGGCUGCCUUGCCGUGAUAUGGCCUUAGCUGCUGGCUCGACUUAAAACACCAAUUCCUCCUAACCCCCACCCCCACCCCCUGAUGUAGAUGUUUUGAAAUCUGUGCAGGAGUUUUUUGUUUUUACUUUUGUUUUAUAUUAUAAGUUGGCAAGCUUAUUUUUCUGUUUUCAGUCUCCACUGUAUUGUCUCAGUUUUUUCCUUGUAAAAAGGAUGCAUUUAGGAUGUGAGAUGAUUUGACAACCUGGUUUUUCAGAACAUAUGAAUUAGUCUUUAGCAGAUCGCAAAAUAUAAACUCAUCAGUAAAGCAUGAUUUUUGUGUGUGUGCGCGUAAGAGAGAGGGAGAGAUGUGAAUAAGACUGUAAAGAACUGUAAAUAGGUUGCAAAAUAAGUUCAUCUUUCAAAGCAACUAUCAGUUUCAGGCAGGUGAACAGGCCUUAUGGGGAAAAAAAAGAUUUCUAGAAUUUCUAGCCAUUUAUAUAAAUAAAUAUGGUUGAAAGUUGUUGGUAACUGGGAAUAGUUCAGACCUCAUUGUAUUUGACUGUAAAUCUUUAGUAGUAGCAAUAUCGUUAACUCAUCAAGCCAGACCUGGAUUGUUAACUAUGUAGUCCUCACCACUGUUGCAUUAAUAUGGAGCAACCAGAGGUUGCAUGGUAACUAUAGUAGCAAUCUUUUUUGGGCCCAUGUGUUAUUCAAGUUUAAGCUAAACUACAGCACAAUAUCAUAUUGAAAUUUAAGACAGCUGUUGAACAUUCUUGUUAAAAUGAAAGUAUAAUGAAAUAGGAUUUUUUUGCCGGCCUUAAAUUUUCUAGUUUCUGAUUCCAAAACUGCCACUAAACAGGAACACAGAUUGAUUCAGUACCGUUCUUUUCUUCACAUUUAGAGGUAGGUCAUAGGUAAAGGUUCUCCCCUGACCUUUUCAGGCUGUAGGGGAGUGAGGUGUAGGAGAAUUCACUUUUCUCUGAUGCAGAUUUUUGUGAGAGUGGUGCCCAUCUUCUCUCCCUUGUUGCUUACCACCCCCACCCCUCUAAGGCGUCAGGUACCCACUCCUGCCAGCUGGGUCAAUUGGAGGGAAGUUUGCUUUGCUACACAAGUAUUGAACCAGUACACCUCUUAGUUCAGACGCGAACACUCUAACCACUUGGCUCUCUGCUUUGUGGUGAAAUAACGUAAAUCAUGGUUAAAUCUAUUUUUAAGAUAUGCUGGAAAAUUCUUUAAAACUCUUUGGCCAUUUAAAAUUGUUAUUAUAAUUAGCACGUCAGCUCCCCGCUGCAGUAUUUACUAGUUUGUGAUGCAGAGGUCUGAAAAAAGAUUUUAGGUAAGCAUGCACAGGGGUACAAAUCAUGAAGCAUUUUGGGAACGUGAAGGUCUGCAUUGAUUUUUUCUGGAACUUAGAAUUUGCAACUGAAGUCCCAUUGCCCACCCAUUUUUCACAGCUUCACAUUUUUCUGUUUUUACAAUUUUCCUGGGUUCUUUUCUGGGAGAGAGGAGGGGGGGGGGGUAAUAACUUUAACCUCAGGUUUCCCAUUAUGUCCAAUAAAUUCUGCGACACAUUUUUGGAACAUCAAAGUCACUUUUAGUUUUUGUUAUUCAUUUUUCUUAAUCACCAAUUUUAUAAUGCAGGAUGGGAUUCCUGGUGAAGAAGCUAGCUUUCUUAAAAAGGACAUUAACUGGUAGCUCUUUUUGUUUUUUUGGUCGUACAAAAUGCAGUAAUGUUUCAUGUGUGUUUUCAGAUUAUUCAUUGUACUGUUAACCUUAUAAAAUUGUUUUGUCUUAGCUUUGUUUAGGCAUUAGACAUAAAGAUAAUUCAUGUCUUCUGUAACAUCAACAGUUGUGAUCAUUAUAACAACAAAUGCUCUUCAAAUUGCAAAAGAAAACCAUCCUAAACUGUUGGUUCCUCUACCCUAGUUCAUUCCGUCUUGUUGCAUCCUUGAUGAUUUUCUUUUUCUCAGUGUGCUUGUUCACAUUGAUAAAGUAUCUGACAAAUCACUGUAUAUGUCAUUCUUGUAAUAUACAGUAGUGGAUGCAUCUGGAAUAUUACAUCAAUAAAUUUAUGGAAACAGUGUUGUCCUUGUACUUGGAAAAAAAAACAACUACUAAAGUGCUUGAAGAGCCUGUGAAAAUCAUGCUUUUAGAAUUGUGUUAAAUGAUGUUAAAAAUGAACACAAGGGAAAUAAUUAUGUCUACAUACAACAGUCUUUUUACCUUCACUAAAGUUUUCAGUUAAGUAGAUUGACUAGCAUCUGUUUGAUGUGCCAUAAAUAAUAUCUCUACCAUGAACUUGGAAAUGUGAUGAUCAACUGGAACAGUGUAUUCAAUCAACUGUAAUCAUUUGUUGCUAUGAUCAUGUCAUAAAUCAUUCAUUAUUAGGGUUUCAUUUAUUGAUGAGUGCAAAGAUGAAUACAGUUGAAAAAACUUUUUAAGUUCCUAGAUGUAAUCGUAUAUCAAACCUCAAUUUUCAAUGAACUUUGUAAAAAAAUGGGAAACUGAAAA